GCUUUUUUGGUGAUAAAAGGUUCCCGGCCAAGAUGGAGGAUGACAGAGGCUUUGGAGGAGGAAGAGGAGAAAAAUCGCGUGGUAGAGGAGGAAGAAGAAGAGAUAGAGGAUACAGAGAAAGAUCACAGAGGGGAAAAGCAGAGAGUUCAGCUCAGCCACCAAUGAAAACGCCCACUAUCCUGACUAAAGCCCCUGGUGAAAAGAACCAAGAUUCUCCCAUUAAGCUUCUUUUGAAAUCAAGGGAGUUGCCAUCUGAAGAAAAGAUGCCACCUAUUGCUACAUCAUUGCCUAGCAACCUACUAACCAUGCUGACCAAACCACCAAGAGAAGAGCAGCACACUGCACAGGGGGGUGAAGAGAAAGGAGUAAUAGGAGCUCCAGGAACAAUAUCCAUUCAAGGCAUACAACGUAACACCACUUCUACAGUUUCAGGCAGUUUAUCAGAAGGUCUGAGUAGUAAUCUUGCAUCACUGAAAAUUAGUGGAGUAGACAAAGAAAUCUCUCUUCAGUCUGUGAAAAUGUUGGAUGACAGCCUCCACUGGACAGAUGCUGCGCUUGAUAUUCUUGCAGAUCAGACAGACUUCUUGGUGGUUGGUGUAAUAGGAUUACAAGGAGCUGGGAAGUCAACUAUUUUGUCCAUGUUAGCUGGAGCUACACCUAGGACUGAUCCAAGGUCCUAUCUCUUUGAUCCCCAGUCUAAAGCAACCCAGGAGGCUGGAUCUCAUCAAAGCAAUGGUGUCAACAUAGCCGUCACCUCAGAAAGGGUUCUGCUACUCGAUACGCAGCCUCUUCUCAGUCCAUCUAUUCUAGACCACUUGAUUCAUUAUGAUCGUAGCAUUCCUUCUGAAUACUCAACACCAGAAAACUAUCAUGAAAUGCAGUCUCUUCAAAUUGUGACAUUCCUUCUUACUGUUUGUCAUGUCAUCCUUGUGGUUCAAGAUUGGUUUACAGAUGUUAAUCUUCUAAGACUUUUAAGGAGUGCAGAGAUGUUAAAGCCAUCGUCAGUCCCACACUCGCAUGAGUCAUCUGGGUCAAGUGCUUCUGACAAUGCCGAGGACCAUUAUCCAGAAGUUGUGUUUGUGUAUAACAAGGCAACAAGAGAGGACUAUGAGCCAGAGAAUGUCAGUGCAAUGCAUGCCGUCACCACUUCUUUAUUUCAACACUCAAGGCUCAAGUUGCACAGUGGAUUGUCCCUAGUAGGAUCAGGGUUACUACCUUACAGUAGUCUGAUGUCAUGUGAUAAUAUUAAUAUUCAUCUCAUCCCAGCAUAUGAAGGCCAGACAAAUGGACAUCACUCAGGCAAUGGCAUUAUGCCAUCAUAUAAAGGCUUCCCCAGCUUUGAGUUGGUUUUACAAGCAUUACGAAAUCAGGUGUUUUCUACUCAUCGACACCCCUUAACUCAACACACAUUGACAGAGAAAAACUGGUUUCAUCAUGCAGCAAGAUCGUGGGAGACAAUACGUAAAUCAAGUCUCAUAACAGAAUAUAACAGACUGUUAUCAAGCUAGAGAGCUGCACCUGUGAUUCUUGAACCAACAGCAUAUGCAGUAUUCUGACCACACUCAUGCAAAGGGUUGCUGGUGAACUCUGUCCUAUCAAAAAUACAUGGUCAGCCUUUUCCUAGAAAAAUCUGCCAUUGAUACUCUUGCUUAAGAAUAUCAUCAGCCAAUCAGGAAAUAGUGGCAAUAAGUUUGGAAGAACUUGACCAGUUGACAUACCUCAUCUGUUAAAUGAACCUUGUUAAACUUUAUGAAGUUCAAGAAUUCGAAGACAUUAUUAAUGUAUUUUUAGCCAACCAUGUGUUGGCGGCACAUUCAGUUUCCAGACAUUAGUAACUCAUCCUUGCAUCUAGUCCAGGGGAUGUACUCUGUAUGCGCUAUAAAUCCACUUACCCAAUACUAGAGGAGCGUGACCCCAAAGCUGUUAAAGAACUUUCAGUGACUGCCCCACCCAACCUUUGCUUCCUGCUAUAUGCUGCCUCUUCACCAUUUUUUCCUGAAUCAUUCUGAUAAAGACAGCCACCAGUGUUGUCAAAUUGUCAGGUUGAAGUCAUUCGUACAUGUGAAAACUGAAAAAACCUUACUAUGUCAUGUGUAUUACACAAGGUAUUACUAAAGGCUUAAUAAAUGGUCUGUUAAAAGUUGCACAAGGAAAAUCGACAAACCAAAUAAUGUAACUAUUCAUAAGGUUAUAAAAAUUACCGUUAUAUGACAAUAAAUAGAUAAAUAAACCCUUUUCAUUGCA